AUGUUGAAGGACAAUGUCAACACCUUUGUCCUGAACAUGGAGAAUCUGUCCUACAUCAGCAGCGCCGGCCUCAGGGUGAUACUGCUAGUGGCCAAGCAGAUGCAGGGCAAGUCGGCAAAGUUUGGGAUGUGCUCCCUCUCUGAUUCCAUUAGCGAGGUGUUCCAGAUCAGCGGAUUCGACAAGAUCAUCCCGACUCAUGCAACCCAAGCCGAGGCUAUAUCUUCCCUCGGAGCCUAG